CCCAAAUCCAGUGGGCAAAAUUCAACGCUCAGCAAAACUAACUCUAUUAGUGCGUUCUAUCACAUGCAACUUUAGAACGCAAGAAAUAUUUCCAUUUUUCUGGCCAAAGUCAUCAUUGGCCAAUGUGGAACUCAUCAGCCGCUGAUGACGACUCCUUUACGUACGAUGAUGCGCCAACUUGGAUCUACGAAAGUCGUUUCAACGGAUGGAAUACACCAGAAGAUGUCUAUGUCAGUCCAUACUGGCGCCAGUUUAGAGCACCUGCACCCUUUAUGCAUUAUUUACUUGGCACCUUGUAUAUUGUAUUGAUGGUCGUAGCAUGCGUUGGAAAUGGAAUAAUUAUCUACGUCUUUGCUGCGUCGAGAGCUUUAAGAACACCAGCAAAUAUUUUUGUUAUUGGACUGGCAAUAUCAGAUCUCCUUAUGAUGGUUAAAACGCCUGUUUUCAUCUACAACUGUUUUCACUUGGGACCUGUAUUUGGAAACUUGGGCUGCACACUUUACGGCGUCCUGGGAGGCUAUUCAGGUCUGUCUUCCGCAAUCUGCAAUGCAAUCAUCUCAUACGAUCGAUACCGAGUCAUCGUUCAUCCUUUCAGCACAUCGAAGAUGACAACGGGGAAGGCCAUUGCAGUGCUCGUAUUCAUCUAUAUCUACGUCUCACCGUUUGCACUGCUUCCCGCCUUCCAUAUUUGGAGUCGCUUCGUGCCCGAAGGAUUCCUCACCAGCUGUGCAGCCGAUUUUUUUCUUCAUGACUUCAACGGAAGAUCGUACAUCGUUGCCACUUGGUUCUUUGGAUGGCUUGUCCCGAUUAGCCUUGUGAUGAUUUGCUAUUUCAACAUAUUUUUGGCUGUCAGGAACCAUGAAAUAAAAAUCAAGGAACAGGCUAGGAAAAUGAACGUGGACAGCAUUCGAUCGAACCAGGCUCUCAACAAUUCGUCAGCAGAAGUGAAGAUAGCGAAGACAGCGUUCGGUCUCAUAUUGCUGUUCCUGUUCAGCUGGAUACCUUACAUCACGGUUGCAUUCAUCGCAAGCUUCUCUGACCCUAAAGACCGCAUGAUCACACCACUGCUGUCCAUGAUUCCUGCGAUGACUCUGAAAGCUUCUGCAUGCUUCGAUCCUUUCGUUUAUGCCAUUAGCCACCCCAAAUACCGGAUGGAGCUCCAAAAGAAGCUACCUUGGCUGUGCAUCAAGGAGCAUGCGCAGACUCGCCGAUCGGAUGAAGCCACCUCGAAUGGAGCCUCAGAACUUAAGACCAUUGACAGUAUAAGUUCAUAAAUCAUACACCAAAGAAAUCAAAAAUAAUAAACAUAACAGUCAUAGAUAAAUGCAGAUGGUAAAUUGGCUCGUCAGUUAAAGGGUCAGGAGGUGCGUUUACCACCUGGUUUUGAUGAAUAAAUGGUGGGCGAGCGUUUUGCUGUUUUCCAAUACAAUAUACAUUGGUGAUAAAUCCUUUGCACCCGUUCUCUGGGAAAUUCGAAACGACUAGCCUGAUGAUAAUCGAAUAUCAUCGAUGAAGAUAAGAGCCACAAUAGAGCUCCUAUUAAAACUGUUUGAAGCACGGGACAGAGAAACUGAAAAAAAAAAAAAAAAAAAGUGUUUGCACCAAUCACCUGAUUUCCGGUUUAAUCAUAAUUAAAACUAAAACUACAGAAGUAUUAUGUUCCUCGCUUAAAAGUUACGCAUUGUAAAUUGCUGAAUGACCUUAAUACAAUAACCGAUUCUGAUUUUAAACUGAAAAUGCAAUAAUUGAAGUAAGCAAUUUUCAAUAAAAAUAAUUAACCGAUUUUCGAUACUGAUCACAAGUGUAAAAAAUUAAGUCAAUUAAAAUUCCAGAACGCAUCAUUGGAAUUACGUACGACAAAUUGGAAAAAAAAGGAUGUUCCUUAGAAACAUUCCUAAAAAAUAAAAGUUGAUAUUAAUAACUAAAAAGUGUAUUUUACACUUAUUUUAAAAUUGAUUUAUGAAAUCGUUUCAGAAAAUGUAUAAAAUAUCGGUAAAUUCAGGUUCAAGCUAAAAAUUUUGUAGCUCAUGGUUGAAAAAAAUAAAAAAAAUCAAACACAAAUAAAGGAAAAUCUUCUUUCCUAAUGAAAUUUUCAAUACUAUCAUUUGCAAAAAUCUAUAUACAUAUUUUGUCUUCAUAUAUAUAUGCACACCGUACAAAUUAAUCAAAAUAAUUCAUUUUACGGACAUUUUAAAUGUGAACUAUUUUUAAAUUAUUAUUAUAUUUUUAUUUUCUUGGAGCUCUAAAUAUUUUCAGCUAUUGAAAAAUUUUGAAACGAGUCACCGCGGGUCGUUAAUUGCAGAGGCCUAAUGUAGCAGAUUUUGACGUUCGUGGGACAGUUUCUCAAACAAUUAAAAUUUGCAUUAUUUUUAUUUUUAGUAUUAACUUGUGAGUUAAUGGUUCCAUGCACUUUUUCUUGUAAACUGUUGAUUUGUACAAAUGUGUGUAUAUAUCUCCAAUUUUAAAUGUCCAUCUUGAUUAAACAA